CCCAUUGGCCGAGCGCUGCGGGGCGCGGCGGCGCUGCGGGCGCUGAUUGGCGGCCGGGCGCGCAGGGGCCGUGCGCGCGGGCAGCAUGGCGGCGCCGGCGCGGCGGAGCGUCGUGUUCGUGACCGGCAACGCCAAGAAGCUGGAGGAGGUCACGCAGAUCCUCGGGGACUCCUCUCCCUACACGCUGGUGGCGAAGAAAAUUGACCUGCCCGAGUACCAGGGGGAGCCGGACGAGAUCUCGGUGCAGAAGUGCCGCGAAGCCGCCCGGCAGGUUCAGGGACCUGUCAUAGUAGAGGACACCUGCUUGUGCUUCAAUGCCCUGGGGGGGCUCCCAGGCCCCUACAUAAAAUGGUUCCUGGAGAAGCUCAAGCCAGAAGGCCUGUACAAGCUGCUGGCUGGCUUUGAGGACAAGUCUGCCUACGCGCUCUGCACCUUCGCCUUCAGCAGCGGCAACCCCGAGGAGCCCGUGAGGCUCUUCAAAGGCCAGACCCACGGGGUGAUAGUGGAGCCCAGGGGCCCUCGGGAUUUUGGCUGGGAUCCCUGCUUCCAGCCAAAUGGCUACAACCAGACCUACGCUGAAAUGCCCAAGGCAGUGAAGAACUCCAUCUCACACCGGUACAGGGCGCUGAGCGAGCUCUCCGCCUUCUUCGUUCAGAGCAGCUCGGCAGAGCUCGGCUAGCGCGCGGCCACACGGGAUUCCUGGCGCCGGGAAGGGCUCUGCAGGUGCCCCAGCCCGCACCCCUGCCGCGGCAGGCGCUGUGCGCGUCACUGCGCUCCGCUGCGGGCUGCCAUUAAAGCCGCUCCUCUUGAACCCGC